UAAAAGGGGGGGCGUGGCCUGAACCUGAAACGGAGGGGACGCCAUCUCUGCCUGCUCCUAACAAGCCUGAAACAAAUCUGCAAACAUCCUGCAAAGGAACCGACCGAUUGCCAGACCCACCUCGAAACCGGCAUCGGGGCGACGAAGCGCACACAUUGAUGCCUUUCUUUCAACCCCAAAAAUCUGGCAAGGUGAAACGGAGGCUCAAGGCCUAUCCCUCGCCGACCAUCUCCGGGCUCGAGGACUUCCUAGGCGGGGUGUACAGCCGGGGUGAGCAUACGCUAUCAAGCGACCCCCUGCCGACCCACAACGAUACCCCAACGAAUAUGGGGAGACGUAUGCAAAAAGCACAGUCCGGACACCCAGCAGAGCAGCCUGACAUUGGGGCUCUACUACAGAGACAGGCACAAUCCAAGAUGGCCACGGAGGCUCAACAAACUCUGACAACGACCCGUGCUGCAUCUCAUACUCCCACACAAACGGAGAAUAACA